UGCGAGUGACGUGGCGUGGGCGGGGCUUGAGCGGCUGGCGGCGGCGGCGGCGGCGGCGCGACCGAGCAUCCUGGCAGCGCGGCGACCCGGGGAGCUCACUGGUGGGAGCCAGGAGAGAUUGAAUGGCCAAAACAGAGAAGUGGAAUUAACCCUUACUGCCUCGAUAAACACAGGUGUACAGGAACCAUUUACCAUGGAAGCCAGGGAGAUUGGGAUUCCCACACCCACCUAUCAUCUUCUCCCCAAGGCCAACCAGCACACAGUAAAAGAAGAUGCCAGCUCACCAUCUCAAGGGUCUCCAGAAACUAUGCAGCUGAAGAAGGAGAUCUCCUUGCUGAAUGGGGUCAGCCUGGUGGUGGGCAACAUGAUUGGCUCAGGGAUCUUUGUCUCACCCAAGGGUGUUCUCAAAUAUACUGCUUCCUAUGGGUUGUCACUAAUUGUGUGGGCCAUUGGUGGGCUCUUCUCUGUUGUGGGUGCCCUUUGUUAUGCAGAACUGGGAACCACUAUCACCAAGUCAGGGGCCAGCUAUGCUUAUAUUCUAGAGGCCUUUGGGGGCUUCAUUGCCUUUAUCCGUCUGUGGGUCUCACUUUUAAUUGUUGAGCCCACCAGUCAGGCCAUCAUUGCCAUCACCUUCGCCAACUAUAUCAUCAAGCCCUCCUUCCCCACCUGUGAUCCUCCGUAUGCCGCCUGCCGUCUCCUUGCUGCUGCCUGCAUAUGUCUGCUGACAUUUGUGAACUGUGCCUAUGUCAAGUGGGGCACACGAGUACAAGACACAUUCACGUAUGCCAAGGUCCUGGCACUCAUUGCCAUCAUUGUCAUGGGCCUUGUUAAACUGUGCCAGGGACACACUGAGCACUUUCAGGAUGCCUUUGAGGGUUCCUUGUGGGAUGUGGGAAACCUCUCUCUUGCCCUCUACUCUGCCCUCUUCUCUUACUCAGGUUGGGACACCCUUAAUUUUGUAACAGAAGAAAUCGAAAACCCAGAAAGAAAUUUGCCCUUGGCCAUUGGGAUUUCUAUGCCAAUUGUGACACUCAUCUACAUUCUGACAAACGUGGCGUAUUACACAGUGCUGAAUAUUCAGGAUGUCCAUAAGAGUGAUGCCGUGGCUGUGACAUUUGCUGACCAGACAUUUGGCAUGUUCAGCUGGAUCAUCCCCAUUGCUGUUGCCCUGUCCUGCUUUGGGGGCCUAAAUGCAUCCAUCUUCGCUUCAUCAAGGUUGUUUUUCGUCGGUUCUCGUGAGGGCCACCUCCCGAACCUCCUCUCCAUGAUACAUAUUGAGCGCUUUACACCUGUGCCUGCUUUAUUAUUCAAUUGCACCAUGACACUUAUCUACCUCAUCGUGAAAGAUGUCUUCCUGCUCAUCAACUACUUCAGCUUCAGCUACUGGUUUUUUGUGGGCUUGUCUGUUGUUGGACAGCUCUACCUUCGCUGGAAAGAGCCUGACUGGCCUCGACCUCUCAAGCUGAGCCUCUUUUUUCCCAUCGUGUUCUGCAUAUGCUCCUUGUUUUUGGUGGCCAUACCCCUCUUCAGUGACACCAUCAAUUCUUUCAUUGGCAUUGGGAUUGCCCUCUCUGGGGUCCCUGUCUACUUCAUGGGUGUUUACCUGCCAGAGUCCCGGAGGCCACUCUUUAUUAGGAAUGUUCUGGCUACUGUCACCAGAGUAACCCAGAAGCUUUGCUUUUGCGUCUUGACUGAGCUAGAUGUAGCUGAAGAGAAAAAUGUUGAGAGGAAAGCUGAUUAGAAGCCAGAGAUGACAUUCCCUGAAGCCCAGAGGCUGUGACCACAGCCACCAAAGACCAGUUACCUAACCCUUCUGAAUUAAAGGAGCCUCUUGGCCCACAUUCUGUAAGGGGGCUCAGGGCCAAUGCUCUCUCAUUGGUAAGCUAUGGGAAGAUACCAAUCAGGCCAGCCUGAAGAUGGGGACUUCAGUGGGAGGGGAGAUUGGGGUAGGGGAUUGAUUUAGUUUGCUUCUUCUGGCAGAUAGGUGCAGCCCUGUUGGUAUGGUACAUUGUAUGAGCAAAUGUUAGGUUGACAGCUAUGGCUCACGACGGUUCACAGCUAUUUGCAGUUUAAACCAGGAGUCUUUACAGUGGAGCUCCUACAUGGGAAGUUUUCCUCUGACCAAGUCCAGCUACUUGAUUUUAGAGGCCUGAAAUGCUGCCAUUUCUUCCUGUGGCUCAAAAUUCUUCCUUAGGGAAAACAUUGUGUUCCCUUUUUUUGUUUGUUUGUUGAGUAGCAUGAACAGCAAGGCUUUUAUUUAACUGACAUGGGAUCAAUGUGUGCCCCCUUUCUUGAAUUCCACAAGAGGAACAUCACUCCCUGCCCUGGAACUUAAUGUUCAAGUAAAUAAUAAGCUUGAUGGGAAGAAGAGUGUUCAGGGUCUUGGUAUGAAAGUCCUCCUGCUGAGGACUUCUCAUUUGUGGGUCCGAAUGUUGGGAUACCCUUGGGAUCUUAUUGUGUACAGAGAAUCCAUCUCCUUGAGGAGGUAGGUACUGCCUGUCUCAUUGACUUUGCUCACAUUAUAUUAGCACUAUGGUCAAAAUCCUUAAGCAAGGAGGUGAGCUUCUGGCUCAUAAAGAAAUUGUCUUGGCUGCUUGAUAGCCUCCUUCCUAGCUGAAGCCAUGGUGCUGUGGAGCCUUUGAAAUAAGGGCUGAAAGAAAACCUCAUUACUUUAGCUGAGUGGGAGUAUCUCUGCUACUACCUGGACAAGUCACUCCUGUCACCAAAUUCAAACUCCUGUAUUUCAUUAUUUAUUGAUAUUUAAUCCAGGACACCAAUUGUAGCAAACCAUUAGUGAUUAUUUGUCUGCAGGAUGCAAUAAAUGCGUUGUUUAAAAAAAAAA